AAUCUCUGCCGCAAAACAAAACUGCCAAAUGACCUUUGGGGCGUAGCUUUGACAUUUGUGGGCAAAUUGGGGUACAAGGACAUUAGCAAAAUUUGAAUGUCAGCAAGAUGGCGUUGUAGCUCAUUAAGAUGAAAAUUAUAAAAUGAUGUCUGGAUCAAACUAUUUUUUAUCAAUUCCUCACCUUAAGCAACUGGCUUUGUUGACCUCCUAAGAGUUUCGUCAUUCAUAGGGGUUCCUCAUGAAAAGAGGUGGUGGACCAAAUGAGUUAGACCCCCCACCAAAAGUUUCUAAAACUAGAGAGUCUGUGGAUGAAGAUGAAUGUGUUGGUGAUUGGCAAGUAUGUUACGCAUCAGUUCAAUCCAGUAUUGAUUGGCUAUUGUGUAACUCAUGUUUUUACGAGUAAUCAUUAUUUUGCAGAUAAAUGUUAAGUAAUGGGGCUAAUAGUUGUACAUUUCGUUUGCCCUCAUUCUUACCAAUGAAUUGUUGGGAAUAUUUGUGGAUUUCCUCAUAAGAGAUCUCUGUUUCCAUCAUCCUCAUUUGAAUACUAGGCAUCUAUUUUACUCUUUAUUUUUCGUGAAAAUAUCUUGUCGAGUCAGUUAAUGAAGUUUCUGUGAUAGAAGUAUUAAACACAUUAAAUAUGAAUCUGUACCAUAAUGUGUUGUUUAAUUAUCCCGUAACGCGCUCAUAAAUUAAGUAGCUCAUUUCUUUUAACUGUCUUUCAGUAAUUUUUCUUUGUAAACAGAGGGGUUGGAAUUGAUAUCCUUUCACUACUUUUCAUUUCUAUAAACUAUUUUUGUGUAACAUAGGCAUCGCUUGGAUGUUCAUUAGCGGAAAGACUGGAAAAAAUCACUACUGUCCAACAUUUAACAACACGCCAAGUUAAAAGGUUGUUAAAGGAUGUCCUGACUAAUGAGGAUGUUGUGAGUGCUCUACGUCGGUAUAUUGACGGUGAAUUCAGAGAGCCUGAAACCGGUGAGGUUUCAGCAGCUACUCGAAGGCGUGCUAAAUCUUUGGGGUUAUUUUCUAUCCUCAGUGAUCUUGGAGGAAAUUCCGAUUACCACCUAGAAUCUAGAGCUAUCACUCGGUAAGUCAUAUUGUUUUUCACUUUUCUGAGACUUAUGUUAAAUCGUUCGUAUGGUGCUAUCAGAUUUAAUAUAGAAGACUUAAACUAUCCUCUUUGUAUUGGAAUACAAACAAACGAUUGCUGUAUUGGUUGAGCGAGUCUGCACUUUGAUAUUAUCAGUUACAAAUAUUUAUAACGGUUACGUUUGUUAUCAUUUGAAGGUCUUUAAAGAACAUUAAUGGGAAUGAGAGCACACAUCCACCUAACUUAGUUGCUCCACAACAAUAAUUAGGUUACACAGUAGUCUAAUCUCACCAUCACAAGCGUUUCGAAAACACUUUUGAAAGAUGUGUGGCGCAUAUAUAUUUGGUGCCCACUUGUACCAAUAUUUAUGUGUUCAAAUAAAUAAAUAAAUACGUAGCUAAGCACUUAGAUGUCGAGUGGGUGGGUGCUAUCAGCAUCGUAUUGUUACUCAGAUUUCUUUUUCACUUCCGACGUUUUUACCUUGGCUAUGGAGAUGAUAUCGUCUUCCUAUGAAAUGACAUAGACAUGUAACCAGUUGUCUGUGAAAUGUAUUUUUUUCGAACUGAGAACGUGCUACGGCUUUGCGUUCUAUGAUAAUUGUCCUGUAAGGAAUCCUUGCUUGCAAUGGUAGCAUCGGGUGAUGUUGAGAUACCCCAAUGUCUAUUUGAGUAUAAUGUAAAUGCUGAUGAUUUAUUGAGUUCUGUUACUUUGAGACACCGGCUUCCUUAUGGUAUAUAUAUAACGGGUUUCAUACCAACUACUACUUGUCGUUGCUUGCAAUUAGUUGAAACAGUAGACGUAUAUUCUGCUAUUUAUACGCCUGGCAAUGGAUUACUGCAGGGUAUUCAUUAAUAAGUGAGUCGAUUUCAAAGCACUUUAUUUAAUUUUGAAGCUAGUACAACUUCUCAAGUUAUGUAAUAUUUUCACGAAAUCAGUAGAUCAUCAUUCUCUAUCACUCACUAACUUUAAGAAAAACAUUGAUCAAACAUAAUUUGCGUACUGAAUUCCUUUACCCGGAGAAUAAAUUUAGUUCCUAGGUCGUAACGGAUUUUAUUACUGACAAUUUUACAUUACGCUUUAUUCCUUUUAAAUUUUGUUCUCAUUAUUUUUACCUUAUUUUUCUGCUUUCCAUAUUCGUCAAGAUUCUCGGAAACUAGCUAAAUCUCAAUUUAGUGACUUGUUGGUCUUCUCAUUUUGAACUGAGAUGGAUAAGUAUUUCCUCUAAAGACUUUAUUUUGUGUCUGUACUCCCUGUGGGACUCCGUGUCACAUCAUGUUAUUAUCUAGUUUUGAUUAACUGUAUUAAUCAUUUCUAUACAAACACAUUUAAAUCAGUUAUUUAGGUCCGUAAUUGUCAUCACAACUUCUUUGCACUACAUUUGGUUGAUAUUACCCAAGUUCUAGUUAACCAAAUCACUUUUUGGAUCUAGUUUACUAUUCACUUACGUACAGCUAGAAGUCAAAAAGAAAUUAUUUUAACAUUUAAGAACAAAGUAUCUUUAUUGCUAUCACACUCUUGUAAAUAGAUGUGGUAUCAAUUCUCCAAUUUUUUGUCAAUGCUUACAUGGAGAUAAAAUUUCUAAUAACUGUGGUACUAAUUAUUAACUUUCGAUAAUCUAUGCAUACUAUUAUGAACUUGGUAUUUGUGUUUAUAAAAUGAACGCUUUAGUAUGUUAAUUUCUCAAACCUCCUUUUUUAAGGCAAUCAAUAUUCGGUUUGAUGGAUAUCUUUUUACCUCUUUUCGUUUGUUUCAAUUAUCUUUCAUGUUUGGCAUAGAUCACACGCCUUAUUUUCCAGUAAUUAUCUAUUUACGUUUUCACUAAAUAUUGAAUACUUGAAAAUGGCGGAUAUGUUAAGGAGAAUGACCUAUGUAUUGAGUGUUAUGAAUUUCACUUAUUGCUUUAAGCUUCAUAUAGUUUAUGAAUUGCAUAUCAGUGUUAAAAUGUAUAAUCUAAUUUAUGCUUCACUUUGGUUUCUAUUUUCUUACAAAAUCAACACACAUAAAUGCAGUACUCUUUGCUUUGUUAAGCAUCUAGUGUGGUUUUUAUCAUGCUACUUUGAUUUCUUUACUGUCCAACUAACUGAAUUAAUAUCUUAGUAAAUACCAGCGUUUUCACCUGUAGCUGUAAAUAAAGAGUUUCCAGAGGUUGGAAUUCCCAGUUUAGUGAGUAUUAGGAUUAUAGUUUGUUGUUUUUCUUUGUUGGUUUCCAUUAAAAUAUUCCUAUACUAACAAAGUCGGUGUAUUUGACUCAGUGAAUUAAACAUGUAAUAACAAACCUUAUUGAUGGCCGAUUAAUUUCUUGUGUAAUGGUUUUAUUUAUCUGUCUAUUUUGAAUAAAUUCUUCAGAUCACUUACUCGUCGUAUUGAAGAGUCAUUGCAAAAUCAGUUUCCACAUUCUACCACACCCGAAAAAGAAGCACCAUGCACCAUUCUUGAUAUGGAAUUCCCUGACGAAGAUGAUGGCAACGGAAAAAAUAUAGGGAACGAUUUAGAUAUUUCAUUGACUGAUAGUGAUUACCAACCAAACGAUGGAGAUUACAAAAUUUUAAGACGUGAUCAAGUGCUAGAUUUUACCGAAGCCUCCAAACAUAAUUCCUGUGUUACAGAUGUAGAAAAUGAAAGUUGUCUAAAUGGUAGUAGAAGUAGCACUGAGAGUGAUUCACAAAUAGAUCUUGACUCUUGUGAUGACUGCAUUCAACCUAACAAUAUCGAUAAUUCUGUUUUCUGUGGAAACGAUAAUAAUUUAGAUAUACGAACUUCCCGUCUCACUCGUUCAAAAGCUAAAUCACUCAAGAGUUUAUCUGAAUUAAGAAACGGUGUUUCUUUUGAAAAGCAUGAAAAUUCUAACUCCAGCGUAUCAUUUCGACCGGACGAUGCUGUUGAAUUUUCGCUUCCUGGUAGUUCUCAUUGUUAUCCUGAUGCAGAAGAGGGUGAAGAAGAAGAAGAAGAAGAGUUGAACGCAACAGAGGACAUAACAAAUAAAAAUUACAGUACAACAACAAAUAAAGAUGUAGAUAUUGAAGAUUCAGAUAACGAUGUAUAUACUCAAUUUCUUCGUUCGCUGUUCACUUCCGCUUCCAAUUCAGCGAACUGUACGCCUAACAAAUCAAAUCCAGGAAUAAAUGCUCCAGUUAAAGCGUCUACAAUCUGUGAAAAACUCUUAGGCGAUGAACCAAACAAAAACAACAGAUCCCAACCAUCAAAUGGACAUCAUUCUGAAAUGACAUCGCGGCCAAUAUCAAGGCUUGUAAAUGAUAUCAAUGACGAUGAAGACGAUGACGAUCCAGAAUUUGACGUUAUGGCAGAGUUAGACGAUGUUGAUAGGGAGGAUUUUUUCUAUGAAUUACGAGACGAUCGCGCUGUUCGAGUAUCUAAAAUGGAAGCCAAGAAUUUACAUGAAGAUUUACGUGAACUGUUCAGUUCAGAAGAAGGACAUGAAAAUCGUACACAUCAAUCCAAAACACCUUCAUUCCUGGCAAUGAAAGCUUAUGGCCAACGUUUGUUUCAUAUGGAUCGCAAUACAUUUCGAAAUAGUAGUCAAAUAAAUGAGUUUAACAAUCCACAACAUAUUCAAUCUCCUGCACCCAAUGAGAUUUUUCAUAAGACUACAGAUACUCCGGUUAAUCCAACUGUAACACGGUGUCGUAUCACCCUUACUGAGACAGAACUGGUUCGAUUAGAACGUCAAUUAGUAAUGCAUAUUCAAUUGUUAACUACCAAUUUCUUAUUAACAUAUGAUUUUCCUGAUAUGCAUGAAUAUGUUACCCGACCAUGUGCUACUCUUCUCAAAACUUUAAUUGCUAAACGUCAAGCUUUUGAUUUAGUUGCACUUCAACAAAAUAUUCCCGAUAAAUAUCCUGUUACAAGCUUCUAUUGGUGUUGUCCUACUUUGGAAAUGGCUGUUGAUUUGAUUUCCGAUUAUGCUGGAUUGUCUAUGCUUCCACGUUUACCAUGGAAUCCGUAUAAACGAGGAGUAGGAAAUAGUCUUACUAAGUCGCAAUCAUUCGCCUUGCCUAUCCCAUAUUGUUUAUUACGUAUAAUGACUAACAGUCCUAUUUGGUCUUAUGCGUGUUUAAUGCCUACUGUCUUGGGACCACAUCCGAAAAGUCAUGUCCGAUUAAUUUUUCAUCCAUCUGAAGAUGCUUUAAUGGUGAUGGGAUUGGCAGACUUUUCCGGUGCAUUAAGUCGAACUCGUAAAUCUCUCGAACCUAAAACUCUUAAUUAUCACCACCAAUCUAGAAGUCGUGGAUCUAAGUGUAAACAACCUUGUCGUUACAUUGCAUAUCGUUUAAUCGGUAGGCAUAUACUUCCGUAUCGUACACUAUUGCAGUUACGCUCUCGUCGUUGGAAUCUGUUGGCUAAUCGGGACAGUAUAGAUAAUGCAGGGGACUCCAAACAUGUACCAGUUGCUACUCGUCGUCUACUUCAACUCUACACUGAGUUAAGUCAACCAGGGGAAGUGGACCUAAAAAGAAUUCAACAGUAUGCUAAUGAAAUGACUACACUUGCUGCUCCUUAUGGUCUUCCACUAAUUGUUGAAUGUUUAACUGAUAAGAAUUCUAAAGAUUUGUUUACUUUUGAAGGGCUUCCCACCGAUGUAGGUUAUGAGCAUGUUUUAAAUUCUAACUAUCGUAAUGAAAAUGCAAAACGUAGAUUGGAUGUAUUAACUGAGUUCAUAGAAAAUGCCGAGUGUUUUUGGAGGUCACAGAUUGGAAAAACGCACUCUAUAGAAAUGAAAACAACAAAUUCAACAGAUGUAGAAGGUGAAUCCAUAGUCAAAUUAGAACCACCAGUUGAAUGUGAUGUGCUUGGUCCGAAUUAUUUACCUGCUAUCCCAGUGGAUCUCAAUCCUGACGGUACCGUAGUUCUCAGCAAAACCAGUGAACCUGCUCUAGUUGAAGUUUUUAAAGUGUCUGAUGAUUCGGAGUCAAUCCAUGAUUCAAAUAAUCACUCUGAAAAUCCAGUUAAUAAUUUAUCAAAUCAAGAAACACAAAAAUAUCGAACUGUUCAAACUAAAAAAUCACAUCAUAUCGAAUUUAUCCUAGCCCGGAUAAACAAACAAAAGUCAUAUAAACUUUCAGAUGAUGAUAAGGUAGAACCACCAGCCAGUGCUGAAAAUCAUGAUAUAUCAGAUGGUAUUGUUGCACCGUCCUCUGUUGAAUGCAUUUUAAAUGAUCAGCAGCUUGAGGAAAUGCCAAAUAUUUUGGAGUCUUACUGGAGUCAUACAGGUAAUGAUGCAUUAGAUGUUUGUCAAAAAGUAGCAGAUGCUCUAGUGAACUUAUUUCACUUUGGUUUUGAUAAAUUUUGUGCUGCCCGUGGAGACGCUAAUCUUGGACCUAGAAAGUUUUGCCAUAUGUUGAAGUCAUCAGUGUUAAAUCCUCAUAUUCCUAGUGCAGAUGCAAGUUCUGUAUGUUCAAACAACUUUCAAUCUGUUUUGGAUUCGUCAAUUUUUAUUGCUGAUGAGUGUCAGAGUCAAGCUGCAGGGAUCUUCCCAAGUGCAUGUCUUAUGACAUCCAGUCGUUUUGUUGCAAGAUGUCGGGCACGUGGUGAUGCUAACUCAUCUGACUUACUGACUCUACCGUCUUCUAUCAUAACUCAUACACAGGCAAUAACGGAUGAGAUGGAUGUGAGACGAGCACGUUCACUACUAGAUCGAUGUCGAACCUAUUUAGCUCCAGGUGAUUACAAAAAUAUGAUGAUUAACUUAUCCAACUUAAGUCAAGCUAUUCAGACUCCUAGAUUAAUCACCAGUAAUCAUGAACAGUCAGACAAAACUGAAGUAUUACUUUCUCUUGCAUGUGUGUUAAAUUGUUUGAAAAAACAUUUAUCUUUGUGGGAGGAUUUUGUUUGCCUUCUUACUCCAUCACAAGCCCGUAGUCUGGGUCUGCUAUCUACAUAUUUCAAUCUGGCACGGAUCAACCGAGUGCAAAGAGUUUUACAAGAUAUUGUUCCCCGUGAUAGGAGAUUUUGGAGGCGUCUUCGUAAUUUGGCAGAUAGCUGCAGCAUUGAGGCACGUCAUAUUCCAGUCAAAAAGAAGUUUUAUACAGGUGUAAGAGAUAAUUCUGCUCAUGAUCCUUCAAAUGCAGAUAAACAAAACCUCCAUGAUUGCAGCGAAAGAGCAACUAAUGGGACUCGAAACAUUCGGAAAUCAUCUGUGUUACAACAGGGUCAAAGUUCAGGUACAAUCUUAAGUAAAACCCAAACCAAAUCCCGCGUUAGAGGUUUGCGACAUCGAAAUAUGCAUGAUGCAUUCUCCAAAGCUUGGUCAGUUCUGGAGAGUAGUUGGCGCAACCGUCCUGUUCUCUUAUCACGUAUCGCCAGUCUUAUUAAUACUAGACAUAAGCCAUAUGUCGGUUUUGAACAGAGUUUUGAAGAAUCAGAUGUACUUGCUCGUCAUCCUGUAGGGAACUCAACUUAUCCCGAGAAUUUAAAUCAAAAUGCAGGCAUUUCAAGCAACAGAUACAUCCCUUCUCCAAUCAACGCCCUUUCUCCUCAGUUACGAUCCUUUCUUUCGGAAGGAUGGGAAGUAUGCACUGACCUUGCUUCAACAGCUCACAAUCGAAAUAACUCGUUAGGUACACUCUGGGCUCGUAGACAAUGUCCUUGCCGAUGUCAUCCUAGUGCAUCAUCAAACAGUGUUCCAAUAACAAACCAAUCUGGAAAACCUAUUAAAAAGGUUGACAGUCUUGGUUUAAGACACUGCAUUUCUUGCAGUUUGAGAGUGCAUCGUGGCAUUGUGUAUGUUGAUGAGUGCAAUCUUCAUCUGCGUCACGUAAAGAUAACUUGGCCACCUGGUUUUAAACCAAAAGCUCAUUUACCUCGAAGUUCCCUAUCAGCUGACUCUGUUGCAAAUCAAAUCCCUCGUCCUGCAACAAUCCAUCAUGCAUCAUCAAAUAUUCCUACUCGUACUGCUUUAAGCGAACUUGCAAAAAUGCAUGCCAGAUUACAUUCUACAAACAGAGUAUCAAAUCAUCGCAAUUUCCUACCAGAUAUGGCUGGUCGACGUGUUUCAAUCGAAUUUGUUCCUUCUUUUAAAUCAAGUACAUCAGACAGUCGACAAAUCGAUGAUUCAAGCAAUCAAGAUGAAUGUAAUGCUCUUGAAGGAACUGAUGACGUUCAACUCUCCUGUCCUACAAUAGAUAAGCAUCAAAGACUAGUCGAUGUAGAUAGUAGAAAUGGUCUCAUACCACGUGAAUUACAUUCGAAAUUUGAUGUAGAAAAUCCUAUGAGUUGGUCGCUGGAUGAUGAAGCUGCUUGCUUCAAUACAGAAGCUUUUGCAUCUACAUACAAUGAGAAUCAUGAAGGUGACCCGUGUGAAUUAGUUAAUGAUGAUUGGACACCGGAAGAAGACAGGCAGUUAUUGGAAUUUUGUAAAGCUAAAGGACGUUACAGCUCUCAAAUGUUUACAGACUUAGCUAAAAUAUGGGAACCCAAACCAUAUGUUUACUCUGCACAACGAAAUCCACUGGAAUUAGAAGAACGUUUUAAACAUCUCAUGCGUAUCACAUUGAGAGAAGCUUAUGAUCCAGAGUUAUUUCAAACGCCGUAUAGAGACGAAUCUUCAUGUGAAGAUGACUAAUCAUAAUUUGACCUUAUUUAUUUGUUCUCCCAUAUUCACAGAAUAAGUUAACGCGCAUGAAUCAAGUCUUUCAUUUGUAUAAAUUUGUACAAUAUUACAUAGAUUUCUUAUUAAUUAUCAACAUAUAUUUAUCUUCUCACAGCUCAUUCUUCAAACUUUAUAAAAUAUAUGUUAGCGUUGCAAAUUUUUGAAGUCACAUAUUUUGUAUAUGCUUUCAAAGUUCUUUAUGAGAUAACCCUU